GAGAGACACGCGGGAGAGACGGAUGAUCCGAAAGGAGCGGAGGAGACGAAGACGGUGCGCGUUGCCGUGUGCGUUUUAAAGAGAGGAGUAAAAAAAGAAACGUCUCGGACGAGGAGAGGAGGCGACGGACGAGGAUCAGGGCGUCUCGAGGAAGAAGGAAAGGAGGGGAGGCCCGCGUAUAGGUGAGGAGCGUGUACAGUAUCGGGAGUAUGCACGGGGUGAUGUUGACGACACGUGACGCCAGCGAAUCUCGUCUCGCCGGUCGCGAGGAUCGCCGCCGCCGUCACCGCCACCGCCACCGUCACUGCCACCCGCAGCAACACCACCAGGAGCACCAGCAGCCGCGGCAGCAGCCUCCUCGCGCGCUCUCUCCGCGCGCGCGAGCGCUCUCUCGAGGCGACCGACCACUUCCCGCGCGAGCCGCUCUUUAUUAGUCUACCGCGGACCAUCGCGAACCCCUUUGGCUGCUUCGCCGGCUCCAGCCAGCAUCCACGAACUGUUCCUCGACGUUGUACGAGUUCCUAAAGUUGUCGAGAGGAACGUCGCUGGUGGACCCCUUCAUCGAGGGGAAAAAGAAAAGAAACGAACUCUCUCGGGGAGAGUCCGCCGGUGAUCCAGACCGGAAAACGCUCGGUGAGCGACAGAGACGGGCGGGCGGCGGCAGGCUGGUCGUACGGGAGGAAGGGAGAGCCGACUCGGUGUGGAAGAAGAGGAGGAGAAGAGGACGGACAGAGCGAGAAAGAGCAGGAUCCACCAGUGAUACGAUACCGGGCAGCACGCGCGCCGGUACGUCGGUUUAUCGGGCGCGAACUACGAGCGAACCUUCGACUUCCGACCGAAGCGCGGAAUUGAGAACGCUCCAGUGUCAAAGUCGUCCUGUUACUCCAUCGAGGCAAUAGUUUCUAUUGGAUUUCUACGAAGACGUCGACGGAUCGAUUACGACACUGGGUCGACCGGAUUCACCGUAAUACGUUGAACACUUACGAAGUUUGCGAGUUUCGGAUAAAGUUUUGGGCAACCAGCAACUCUGUCGCAGGAAGAUUUCUCCGACGCUUUCUUCUCCUCCCGAUUAACAGGGAGAAAUUUGAUCCACCAGUGCCGCGCUUUCUACCUGUCGUUGGAGUGGCCAAAGGAACAAAAAAAGAAAAAAGUAUUUUUCGACGAUUCCGUUGGAACACCGCCCGCGUGAAAAUCUCUCUUUAUCCGUUGUCCCCGAGAGUGGAAACGCAAACAUCUCGAGCGGUGGCUGUCCGCUGGCCUGUCCAAACGCUUCCGCGAGUGUCCUGUUCGUCGAACGAGGAACUGAUCGAUCGCGACAGUGAUUUCGUUGACGUUUCUCUAACAGCGACUUCCUGCGGCCGGUUGUCGCGUCGAAUCGCUCCGUUGAUCGUCCGUCGCGCGCACAGAGACCGACCGGACGCGACGGUGACGCUCGCGUCGUCGGUGACGUCGUGACAUGUGCGAUAGCCUGGCCUCCUCUUCGUUACCACGCUCGUGCUCUUUAUCGCGGCUAUCGUCCUCGUCCUCGUCGUGGUCAUCGUCGACGAGAAUAAAGGAGUACAGGGUGCCGUCGGUGGUUGGCGAGCAGCGGAUAGAAGGCAAGAGGAGCGAGAGCACGUGGACGACUGGCACCGCGACGAGGGCCGGCGGCGCGACAGGUUGAAAAGAUGCUGGCACUGGCGAUGCGCCGCGAACACACGACCGGGCGCAGCAAUUACGAGCCCGCGAAUCCGCUCGCGGGUUUCGACCACUUGCAGCAUAACAGCGGCAAUCCGUUCGCGGUGGUGCCCUCGUCGGAGGGCCGGCUACGCGAAACCGGCCCGGAGCCCGACGGCGAGUUGCAAGAAUUCGUAGACAUCGCUCAGGUACAGCAGCUCCUGCAGCAGCAGCAGCAACAGCAACAACAACAACAUCAACAGCAACAACAGCAACAGCAACAGCAGCAACAUCACCACCACCAUCAUCAGCAACAGGUGGCGGCCGCUGCGGCUGCGUCCUGUAUCUGGGGAGCGGUUUAUCCUCCGCCACCUCCUGCACUCGGAUACCAUCAUCACCACCAUCACCAUCACCACCCACCGCCACCACCUUCAGGCGAGGACACGCAGUGCGGUACCGAGGAGGUUGCCACCGCCAGCCAGGGAGGCGACCAACUCCAGAGGAUGACGAUGGACGGCAUGGAAGUGGUGGGCUCGCAGCCCCACGCGGCCACCAGCCCGUUUUUGCUCUCACCGCCACCCCUCGGACAUCAUCAUCAUCAUCCUCAUGCUACCUUCAAUCUUCAGACAGUGCAGCUUAGUUUCGACGCGUGUCUACCGUACAACGCGGCGACAUCCUCGAAUUCGAUCGUUUGUGGUGUUGGCGGCACGUCAACGCCAGCCGCUACCACUUGCACCUCGUCCACGAGUUGCAACAAAACGAUUCCAACCUUGUCGCUGGCAACUUGCGCGCCCUUGCAAGCCCAGCAUCAAAACAAUACCGAUUCCUCGGAUCCCCAUGGCCGACAACAUCAUCAUCACCAUCAUCAUCCUCAUCAACGACUCGACGACCAUCAACAUCAUCGACACGUCGAUGCCUCCUCGCCGUCCAACGAUUCUACCGACGGGAAAAGGCAUCUGCAGACUGUCAACACCGAGGACAAGGACUGUUCCAGGGAAUGCAGAGACGAUCUUCAGGAGCCUAACGAGAAGGAUAAACCAGGUGACCUAAACACGCCGGUUACCACCAGCAGCGAUUUACCGUCCUUCUUCGGCCCUUCCGCGCUCGUCGAGCCACCUCCUAUUUCAGGCAGCCUGGCGGGCGAAGAUCUAUCUCUCGAAGAGGCCACGGAGGACGAUGAGACGGCUACCUCGACCGGCAGGGAUCAUCGGCACCACCAUCACCAAGAGUCUCAGGAACAGGGCACGCCUGGAGCUCCACCCUCCACUAGUCCACCGCGUCAUCAUCAGGCUCAAGAGGACGCGGACCGUUGCAACGUGUUACAAGGCGGAGUGAUACUCUACUCUUCCCCUCAUUCCACGUCUUCGGUGUCUUCAGCACCAGCGUCGAGCGUUAACAUCUGCAACGUACCAACGUUGACGUACCGUGGCGUCUUCACCACCACCUGUACGCAAUCCUCGCCGCUAAACACUCUUCAGAAUCAGCAGCAGCCACCCCAACAGCAACAGCAGCAGCAGCAACAACCAACCGGUCAGGAGCUCUGGGGUCCGUUAACCUCCCCGACCUUGACUUUGACAAAUUCACCCUUCCUACAUUCUACCCUUCACCCAGCCCCGUACGGUGGAGAGACCGUCGAACUUUUACCGGUCGAAUCGAAGCCACCCCCACCACCAGGCUACCACGAUACACCAACCACUACUCCCGCGGCGUGGUUAACGACGCACGAUGACCCUUACGAUCCGAAUCUCCUGUCCCAUCAUCAUCCCCAUCACCACCAUCAAGAGACGACGCUGAAGCAAGAACCCACGGGCGGCUACCCACCAGCCGUCCAACAGCAACAACAACAGCAGCAACCUCAACCCACUCAACAGCAGCAGCAACAAGCACCACCAUCGGCUGGUACAACGGGAGUCCAGCUAGCGGAAUACAACCCCAGCACGUCGAAGGGGCACGAGAUUCUCUCGCAAGUUUACCAGCAGAGUGCUCUGCCGCUCAGGCUGGUCCCGGUGAAGCCGCGAAAGUAUCCGAAUCGACCGAGUAAAACGCCGGUGCACGAGCGACCGUACGCUUGCCCCGUGGACGGCUGCGAUCGCAGGUUCUCUCGCAGCGACGAGCUCACCCGGCACAUCCGCAUCCACACCGGCCAGAAACCGUUCCAGUGUCGCAUCUGUAUGCGCUCCUUCUCGAGGAGCGAUCACUUAACCACUCACGUGAGAACCCACACCGGCGAGAAGCCGUUCUGCUGUGAUCAAUGCGGCCGAAAAUUCGCGAGGAGCGACGAGAAGAAACGGCACGCGAAAGUUCACUUGAAACAGAGGCUGAAGCGCGAAGCCACCCACGCCACCGCUAGAAAUCACCCUCAGAGCCACGCUUCUCCACCGUGCAAUCAGUAAGAAGAGUUUGAACGAACUGUGUCGCAGAAUCAAUCCACAUUUUUCAUACGACGAUCGAUGUCGAUCGAUCGUCGACACCGUCGAUCUCCACGCUCAUUCCUUUAAUCUUGUCAAUCAUGCUCGUGCACGACGCAGCUUUUUCACCUUGCCAGGCGACGAGGAAACGACGGAGACCUUUAGGCGGAACAGACUGCCGUCACCGACUGAUCCGUCAUCGAUCCGUCGUCGGCACCGUCAGCGAUCGACGAGUGGGGCUCGACUUUAAAGGAUUGGCCUCGCGACCGAAUCGACAAGCAUUUUUGGCGGUAUAACGAAGCGUGAUACCGAGCCUCUCGGAUAAUAGUACGUAAGGAACAAUCGCGGCGGAUUUUCAUAAAAUCUUUGUAAAUAAUCGUGGAUAAUUUUUAAUCGGGACUAGAAUUUCAAAGCGGUAUGUAAAAUAAAUGUCCGGUGUGAUCGGUCCCGACGAUGGGCUCGUCGCGUCUUACAGAACGGAUCGAUUCGAAGCUUUUCUCCUGAUCUCGACGAGGAAAUACGAACAUUGCGUUAAAUAUAUAUAUAUAUAUUAGACUCCGGCGGUUUUCCUUCGAGCUCUCAUCUCAGUUUAUUUCUUUCACUCCCGUCCCCUUUUGCCUACGGUUAAUACGUUGCAUAAGGAAGAGAAGAAAAUUGAAAGUUUACUACGUCAAGUUGCAUUUAGAAGGAGUAAGAACGAAUACGAGUGAAAAAUCUAGCUUUACCAAGAGGUACUGUUUCCUCGACAAUUGUCAGUAUCGGAAUGCUCGUGCUUUUAGCGGUAAACGGGAAGAACGGGAGAGAAAGAAAAAGAGAAGAAGAAAGUCAGGGAGGAUAUUCGAAGCGAGCGACGCGUCGAAGAUCGUUAUUUACGACGGUUGCGUUUUAUACCCUUGUUUGCGAUCGAGAACGAGAUGCAGAUGCGAAAAUCGACGUUAACCGCGCGUAGAUACGUACGCGAAAUAUUCCGAUGUCACGAAAUAUACUGCAGCCAGGUUCUCCGACGAAUCGCGUAGAAUCGAUACCGCCCGCAGCUUCCGGGAAUCAGGGAGGAAUUUACCGAAGGAGAAGAGAAGAGAGAAAGAGACGGCGCACUCUCGAUCGCAUGCAAACGAGCGCGUGAAAAAAAAAAUUGCCAUGCGCGAGCGCGCUUCUUGAAACGAUCAGGGGAUCGCGUAUCAACUUUUCCCAGCUCUCUCAUGAUCGGAACCGGUCGAUGUUUUUCGAUCCUUUUACCCGAGUGUUCGUUCCUUCGGCCAAUAAUCGUGCAAUUUUCGAAUCGUGCCCGAUUCCACAAAUGUUUUCAGGAUGUUUUCUAAGUAUUUUUAUAAAUUACAACACUCGACGAAUGAAAAAGAAAAAAGAGAAUGAAAAUGUAGUUCGAUAUCUAUUACGAUCGGUAUCGCGAUUCUAUGAGAGGGCAUAGACCCUGACACGUUUGCAAGAUGCGACCGACACCGACGGACGAUCGGUAUUACAUACACACACACUACUUUGCGUCCUCGAACCUCGUGUCUUUCAAUCAUACAAUCGUAAUAAUCGCUUCUUACAUAUUUGUUAUCGUCCUCUACCUCUGAAACUCGUUCACUCGUUCCUACGACACCCUUCGUGCCCCGGACACGCUAAAUCUCGGACUUUUUCCGUGUCCUAGGGAACUCUCUUGCCACUCCUUGCUACCCGUUUUCCCCUUGAAAAUUCCUUUCAGCGUUAGAAGUCACUUCGUAGACUCCCUUAAGCUUCUUGGAAGUUAAAUACCAGACGCGUCACCCUUCCCCUUGUGAAUUAACCCUCUUUUAACCGCCAACAAACCCCAAACGAGUAAACUGUAAUUAAUCGCGAUCAUCGUUGUUGAACGGGAGUUUUCCUUUGUAAAUAUGUAUAUAACGUGUUAUACAUAUGUACACAUAGGUUACAUCUAAUCGAAUCGUGCCGACAAACAGAGAGAGAAACCCGUAAAAUCUUUCACUUUCCUCCUUUUAAUCUUGCCGCCCUACUUUCCCCUCCUUUCCUCUCGUCCUCUUCCCGCCCCUCCCCCUCCCCCGCCACUCCAUCGUGAUCGUUUACGUGUAUAAAAUAUGAGUUUUAGCGGCGAUUAAUAUUAUGUAUAUGUUGCUCUAUUUAUUAACAAAAAAGCAAAGUCUCACUCCCUAGUUACAUGUAUCUAUAUUAUAUAUAUAUGAUAUAUAUAAUAUAUAUAUGAACAGAGGAGAUAUAUAUAUAUAUAUAUUGUUAAAAUUAAAGGAUUAUUUUUAUUAUGAUUAUUAUAUUAUAAUUAUAUUAAAUAACAGUUAUAAUUAAUAACGAAACGCGCGGCAACGCGUACAGCUUUUAUGGAUCCCAAGCGUUCUUACGCGCUCUCUACCUACUUCAACGAUGGUUGCACCGACGCGUAUGCGAUAUUAUCCGCUAUUGUUCUAGAUAGAUCGGAAAAUAUGUAGGCAGAGGAGCGUAUAACGCGCACGCGCGUUCUCGUGAAAUAAAAAAGCAGAAAGAGAAAGAGAGAGAGAGAGAGAGAGAGAGAUUAUGCCUGUGUCUGUUGCCUGUAUGUGUGUAUGCGUGUAUAAAUGUGUACGUGUGUGAAAGAGAACGAGAAAGAGAAACAUUUAAUGUUGUUAAUGGAAGAAACGAAGAUAAUGAGAAAAGAGGAAUAGAGAGGACAAUUUUUUUACGAACGAUAAUUACACUAUAAUUGGAUAAAUUAUGUGUAACUAUUCCACAAUAUGGUGCUCCGUGUGUGCAAUGCACAGAAAAGAAUCUCUCGACUACCUGUAUAUUUGUGUUGUAAUCAUCGUUGCCGUUUAAUCUGGCCGGUUCCCCACGACGAUUAUUAACAAAAAUACAAAGUUAACAUUGAACAGCAA